AUGGUCGCUCUACCGCGCAGACUAGCGUUAGCUAUACCAUUGUUACGCAUCGGCUCACCGCCCUACAUCAGACCUGCACCCAUUCGACAAUCCUCCCCUACUGAUACCAUCUACCUCCAGCUGUACUUUCGCAAUCACUGGAAUCGAAAUAUCUGGCCUGCCAUGGAAAACAAAGCACCAACCUUACCGGCAAACAAGGGGACGAGUGCUCCAGAGCUCUUGUACAUUCUACCCUUCUCCCAACUUGAAGGACUGGCAGAGACGACUACCUGGCCUCGUACGGGAUGCAAAUCUGAUGGCGAGGGAUACUUGAAUUGCGACCCAACUACACAAUGUCAUGCAAAACCCUGCAGUGCAGAGACUACUGUCCCUGACAAUGUUCUCAAGAUUGAAAUCUCCUACUCACAUGAUAUCUUCUUCAACUUCAAACGACCUACAAAGGAUCCGGGGCUCGCGAACACUAUACCAGUGAUGAUUGAACGGUUCUACGCAUCGUCUGAGGGAAACUGA